GCAGGUAACGUCAGCAGUCGGCCGGAGCUGGGAAAGACUGUAUAUACACACCCACCAAGUGUUUAUCGCCGCUUAAUCACUGAUACACACCGACACACAUUAAUAAUGGGCAGCUAAUCAGCUCUGUGUGACUCAGCUGCGCUUCUUUAUUCCGAUUCAUGAGUGCCUCGGCAGCAUCCCGCGCCCUCCGCUUGGCUUGAAAUGGGAUGAUAUGGGAUUUUUCAUGUCGACGAAGAUCGGAGGGAUUCUUGCGUUUGCCUUGGUAUUCCUGCCCCUGAUGGUGUCAGGAGACUCAGAUGCAGACGUGAAGUGUGAGAACAUUUAUAAGGACUUUUCUGAUUGCGUCCUGGAGCUGGGAGAGAGCAUGGACAACUAUCAGGAGAACGUGACCAGCGAGAGGGGAGUGGCAGCUGUGUGCAGCCACUGGGAAGCUUUCCACACAUGUGCCCUCACGGCGCUGUCCGACUGUCAGAAGGAAGUCAGCUCCAUCUGGGAAACUCUGAGGCAGGACUCCAGGAAGAUUCGCUUCCAGGGGAGUCUGUUCGACCUGUGCAGCCCCAGCUCCUCGCCAAGCAUAAGUUCACCUCUUGCUGCCCUUACCCUGCCACUGAUAGGCGUGUUGAUCGUGGCUGGGCCCAACUGGUACCCUGUAUAGAUGGGGGUGAGGUGGAUGGGAGGGGUGAUGAGGAGAGCCUCAAAUCCCCCCUGGGUUCAGUCCUGCUGAGUUCAAACUUAAAGCCAAGGAUUUAAGAGAGUGUUUUAAUAAGGAUUAUUUUGACACAGAGCCACGGAGGUCUGUGGUUAAGCCAAUCAAUAUUUGCUGUGGUGAAUAAUGUUUGAAAUCUCUUCAAACACUUCAACUUGAUCCUCCCUUAUGUCCAGAAACUGAUAGAGCACUUGAGAAAAUUACAUUUUAGCUAGCUGAUCAGUCCAGGCUGACUACAGCAAACACUCCAAGUAUUCAAGGGAUUUCAGAUACAGUGUGAGCAGAUCAGUCAGACACCUGUGGCUCUGGGUUACCAAUAUACAAGGAGUGGACACAAUAUCAUGAACACCUAUACAAUCUAAUGCAAUGAGUAUGUCAUUCAUGUACACUAUCAUGUUGUGUUUUUGUGGAUUUAAGUCUGAGGUCAUUUUUAAAGCAGUAUUUGUGGAGUUGUGCUGGUUUUCAUUAUAUUCUAACACAGAAAGAUGUUGAUGUUUUUGUGUCCACUCCCUGUACCAUGUGUUGUAUGGUUUUAUCAUGAUAAUUAAAGGAAUAGUUCAACAUUUUGGGAGGUAGCUAAGGAGGUCUAUACCACUCUCAUGCCUGUACUCUAAAUGCUAAUUUAUAGUCCCUUUAUGUACGAAAAUAGAUCUGUUCCUUUCAAACAUCAAUGCCCACAUACUUCCAUGUGUCCUUUAUGUUGGCAUUGAUACAUCCACUAGAUGGCACCAGAGAGCAGAGUCAAACGUUUUUGACAACAAGGACCACAGCAACAGGGGAAGAGGUCGUAACAAUACACCUUUGAACGGAGGAAUUCCUUUCACAAUAUUACUGAUUCAUUCCAUUCUGCCAUUUUUAAAAUAUCUUCGUCGUGUCCUAUGAUCAUGCACAAAUAUGGACCAAAUAAGCACAGGAUAUGGCUGGAAGGCUCUGUCCAUGUCUGUAUGGGUUUCUAACGUUGAGCAUAAAUGAGCCAAUAAUAUGAAGCUACUGCCUGCAGCCAGCUAGCUUAGCACACAUCUUGUUUGGCUGCUUCCAUCCAAGAAAUUUCCGUCCAUCCAUCCUUUUUCAACGGCUUGCCCAAAGCCGGAUUGCGGGGCAGGAGGCCACACAAAGCACCCCAGACAUCCAGCUCAUCCUGGGGGAUCCUGAGGCGGUCCCAGGUCAGACGAGAUAUGUAAUCCCUCCUGGUGUUCUGGGUCUGCCCCGGGUCCUCCUGUCAGUGAAACGUGCCCAGAUCACCUCCAAUGGAAGGUGUCCAGGUGGCAUCUUGAUCAGAUGCCCAUACCACCUCAACUGACCCCCUUUCAACACGAAGGAGCAGUGGCUCUACUCCGAGCUCCCACCAAGAAAUCCAAGAAAUAGUUUGACACGUAACUCCCAAUGACUAUGUAUAAAGAUAGGUGGCCAAAACAUCUCGAUCCCCUGCUGGUGGCUAGCUGCAGUACAGGCCAUAAACCCAGCCCCCUCCAUGUUAGCGGAUUCUUGAACCAAAAACAUGUUUGGUGAGGUCACAGUGACCUUUGACCACCAAAUUUCUUAUCCGUUUAUUCUGCAGUCCAAGUGAGACAAAUCUGAAAAAAAUCCUUCAAGGUGUUGUUGAGAUAGUGUGUCCACAAAAAUGAAACCAAUGCAAGGUCACAGUGACGUUGACUUUUGACCACCAAAAUCUAAUCAGUUAAUUGUUGACUGCUGGUGGAUGUUUGUGCCACAUUUAUGGAAAUUCCCUUGAGGCGUUCUUGAGAUAUUAUGUUCCUAAGAAUGGGACAGACAGACAGGCAACCUGUGAACAUAAUGCCUCCAGCUAUGGCUAUCGCUGGCACGGAGGCAUAAAAAUUCAUGGCCGGGACAUUUUGCUUCAUUUUUGUGUAGUGGGAGGAAGUGGAGAGGCAUUGUCCAUCAUUAUAUACAGUCUGUGGUCUCUCUGCUUAAAACCACAACUUUAAUAUUUACACUUUUGUAAGGAUUAAACAUAUAAAAUGUUAAUUCGUGAGACUUAGAUGUACUCAGCCAGCUGUUUCCCCGUUUCCUUUUGUUUUAGCUAAGCUAAGCUAAUCGGCUCCUUGCUGUAGCUUUAUAUUUAGUACAGACAUGUGAAUGGUAUCGAUUGUUGCAUGUGCUAUUCUCCAUAAGUGGAACUAUUCUUUUAAUUAAGAGCUACUAUGUUAGACACCAAAACACAGAUUUUAAUCUCCAGUGAGUUUGUAUAAAUACGGCCAAGCCAUCGUGAUGUAAUUAGCUGUCACUUUGCAAGGAAACAUUUAAAGGAGCAUUUCACCAAAAACAACAGCAAUCUCUCAGCAAAUCUUUGCUCUCAGUCAUUACAAAACUAUUUGAAUAAUUUGUUAAUUUAUUGAUCAGCAAAAGGACCAAAGGACUGAACCAGAUAUUAAUCUGACAGAUUAAUAAUACUGAAGCUAGCGACUAAUCAACAUUCAGAUGUGCUAUGGGUGAAAUGCCCCUUUAAUCUGUUUCUAAGUGUAGUAAAUGUUUGUGUAAGUGACAAUCAGGCCACUUGUAUAAAACUUUUGACCCCCUAUUCCCCUCCAACACUUCAGCCCACUGUGGCUGAUGUUGCACGGCUGCUAUAAAGACACCAAAAACAGACAUCUUGACACGACAUCACAUGUUCACCUCUCCUCCCUCUCGCUCUCUCAGAGCCUCGCCCCACGCUUUGGUUCAGUCUUAAUGCUCGAUCAAACUUCUGACCUGUUUGUGUAAAAAGAAAAGUGUGAAUGUUCAGUGUUGUUUCACUAAUUCCUGCUCAACCUUGUGUGAAAAUGCUCUCUAGCAAAAUAUUACUAAAACUUUCAUUUUAAGUAUUGCAUAAGGAAAGUAUGUCAAAGAGGAAUCUGUAUAUAAUGCAGCCUGAGGUAUAAUAAAAUUAUAUUUUAAUGCCAGAGUACUCAUACACAGUAUUUAUUUAACUUUUAAACACCUAAAUAAAUCUUGAAUUUAAGUCAAAUUAUAAGCAAUAGAAAAAGAGCAGUUUAUUUUUUUAAAUAUCCAUAUACAAUCGCUUUUCUCUCUAUAAUAUUCUAAUUAAAGAUCAAUCUGUUAAAGCAUUGCAUAAUUAUGGUAUUACACGAAAUGAAUUCCAAACUGUGCUGCUCCCUUUGUCUGUUUCAUGCUUUUAAUCGAUUGCAUUUUGAGAAACUUUGGCUUGAUUUGAAGCUUCAAGAGCAGCCAAGACUGACUGUAGUGAAUCUCAACAGAAAUAAAUUUAUGUGUAUUACAGUUUUUAGAAAUAUAACUGGCAUCAUUCCAGCUCGUCUUACAUGUUUAGCCAAUAAACCGUGUGAGGUAUCACCAAUUGUAAUUGUCUUUUUAUCACUAUGAAAUGAGGUGAUAUUCCCGCACAUAAAUCUGAUGUUUUUGCUGUUACUGCAGCGGUCCCCUAGAUUCAGAGCAAAAUUAAUGAGCGAAAGCAUCGAUUUGUUUUGUCUGUUUUCCAAAUCUGUGUCAACAUUUGCAUAUUUCCUUUAACUCUGAUGGUCCUCGCAGACAUUAUCAAAACAUGGACAAUCUCCUGAAUAUUUCCCGUCACCCCUUCGAUCCUAAAUGCAUGAUAAUUUGUGACAGUGCUUCAAGAAUAAUCUGUUGAUUUUACCUUGGACAACAUGUACAUCGAUCUGUGCAUGAAGUUAGGCUGUAUAUCUCCUCAGUGUUUCAGCAUCCCCUUUUAUGCAGAUUCAUUACCCACCCACCUCCGCCUCCCUUAGCAUGUUUGUUCUAGUUGUUUCUAUUUAUUUCACGUCUCACGAGUGCUAGCAUUAUGUCAUCCAUUGUGUGUCUGGUGGUGCGAAUACAAAAGCAAGUUGUGAUGUCCUCAAAGCAUGAGCAAUAUGUAUGGUCACUUAAAGAGAGGACUGUUAUCCUUUUUGUAUGCUGUUGAAGAAAGCAUGAAAAUGAUUGUGUUAUCAUAAAGCAUUAGACCAUAACAAAUGAACCCUGAUGACAGUUAAAACAUGGAAAGAACCUCUGAAUGUAAAACAAGUUCAGUAUCCAUGUGGGUUUUUUCAGUUUACUGAUAGAAAAGCACACUAUUUACAAGACUGUAUAAAGCAAUAUAUGGCAAAGUAAUGUGUUUGUAAUAAUAAAGCACCAUGUUUAAAACAAACAGUGUGUGUGUGCAUCACCAUCAGCAAAAUAACGGAUAGCAAAGAUCUGGUCUGGAAACACAAGGUGUUGGAACAGCAGAGCCUUUAAUCGAUGCAGUAAGUCCUCUGUUGUAUGACUCUUUUACUAUAAUAGAGAAUAGAGAUUCUGUUUUUAGCCCUCCCUGAAGCAAAGUGUUGGUAAUGAGCACCGCAACCAGUGUUUUUCAACUCGUUAGUGCUCUCCCAUCUGCUCCUUUCCACCUGGACACUUCCAGAAGAGGCAGUGGUUGGAGAAAAUGAGGGAUCAGGGCCCAGGGUGGAAAACUUUCAGAGAUCUAAAGACACGCUCGUGGUGUGCCCCUCAUUAGAAGACCUAUCCUUGACAUCUGAAGCAGAACGGCCAAUUAUUUUCUCACCUGCAGUUUCCGCACUGA